ACCGCCACUGUAAUGUGAUUCUCGCUGUACCUGCUGCGCCUACCGACCGCUCUCUCGUUUCUCCACAGGCGCACAGCGGCACUACUCUCAUUCUCACUGCAGACUUUCCGUUCAGUUGCAGCCAACUGUUCGCCACUGUCGCCGCCAAACAAAUAUUUUUUAGGUUUAAAAUAGGCUUUCAAGCGGCUCAACAAUUCGCUACAUUGUAGCAAGCAGGCAGCGAGAUAAGAAGAUACAUCGAUUUAUCGAUACAGUGUAACGUUAUUGUAUCUCUCGCUUCAGAACCAGUCUCGAUACAACACCGGAACGACAAAUCUCAAACAUGAAGAAAUUUUCGGCGUGGUCGCUCUUUCUAGUGGUUUCGCUGCUAACUGUGAAAGCUCUGUCCCAGAAUUCAGAUGGCUUUGACCUGUCUGAUGCCUUGGAUGACGUCUCUAUAGCAACAGCAGCCACCCCCAAACCAGUAGAAGGGGCAGGAGCAGAUGAGGAGAUCACCCCCACCAAGGCUCCACCUAAAGCCCCAGCCACUAAGGCCCCGUCACACAAGCCCAAGCCACCCUCUGAGUUUGGCCUGAGUGAUGCUCUGGAUCCCAACAAUGACAUUGGAGGGAAGGACAAGAACAAGGGACAAGCAGAUAAAGGUAUUGGAGGCGGAGGCAGGGGAGACAGAGCCCCCAACAACAGAGGAGGGAAUGGGGGUGGAUCUUUCUCAGAUGAUGAUCUGCUUGACGUUGGGAAAGACGACCCCUACAACCCUGACAAAGGCAAAGGUGGACACGGUGGAGGCCAGUCUGCCGCCGACGACAACAACCUUGACACCAUGGCUGAGACCGGAACCAUCGCCGGGAUCGUCAGUGCCAUUGGCUUGGCGCUGGUCGGCGCGGUCACCAGCUAUGUCUCCUACCAGAAGAAGAAGCUCUGCUUCAGCAUACAGCAGAGCCUGAAUGCAGACCUGGUGAAGACUGAUAACCCAGACGCUGUGGUGGCCACAGAACCACAAGUUCAACAGACUCUUCUGGAGGCCCCCAACGCUGAGCCUCCUAGUCAGGAUAACACUGUCUAAUAUCCCACCCGUCCGUCCGGCCUCAUCCCCCAACGCUGAGCCUCCUAGUCAGGAUAACACUGUCUAAUAUCCCACCCGCCCGUCCGGCUUCAUCCCCCAACGCUGAGCCUCCUAGUCAGGAUAACACUGUCUAAUAUCCCACCCGCCUGUCCGGCUUCAUCCCCCAACGCUGAGCCUUCUAGUCAGGAUAACACUGUCUAAUAUCCCACCCGCCCGUCCGGCCUCGUCCCCCAACGCUGAGCCUUCUAGUCAGGAUAACACUGUCUAAUAUCCCACCCGCCCGUCCGGCCUCAUCCCCCAACGCUGAGCCUCCUAGUCAGGAUAACACUGUCUAAUAUCCCACCCGCCCGUCCGGCCUCGUCCCCCAACCUACACACACACACCUGCACACACACGAAGAGGGUGUGACAACACACACUUACACGCCCUCACAUUGGGGAAUACCCCCCCCCCCACCUCAUACGCCAACACACACUCACCACUUUUGAAGGAUAGUUCCCUCCCCGUUAUACCUUAAGAAUUGUAGAUAGAUGGUGAUCAGCAAACUCUGUCUGAAAUGUAGAGUUCCACUGACAGCCAUGUUGACGCCACCAAGUUCCAUGUCAUUCUAGAAUCUUAAUGUCAUUCUAGAAUCUUAAUGUCAUUCUAGAAUCUUAAUGUCAUUCUAGAGUGGGAAUGGUAUUGUCACUAUGGUUUGCCGACCUCUGUAGACCUUCCCCCCGCCACACUGUGUGUACAUAUCAUUUAAUUUAUUUGAACUGUUUUAAACAUCACUAAUAUGCCUGUUUACAAGUUGAUUAUGAAGGAAUGGUAGCCUAAUCCUAGAUCAGUUUUUAUUUGACAAUGAUAGUCAGAGGAUUUGCUAUACUUAAGCACAUACAGAUCCUGGACCAGGCUUUCAUCUUGGUAUUUCCUGAAAUAUAGUAUAACCCACAUACCUUCCCCCUAACUCUGUUAUCCAAUCAAAAAUCUUAACCAAAUAAUUACCCCCCCCUAGUACAUAUAUCCCCCCCUAGUACAUAUAUCCCCCCUAGUACCAUUCCCCCCUAGUACAUAUAUCCCCCUCAUUUCCCCCUAGUACAUAUAUCCCCCUCAUUCCCCCCUAGUACAUAUAUCCCCCCCAUUCCCCCCUAGUACAUAUAUCCCCCUCAUUCCCCCCUAGUACAUAUAUCCCCCUCAUUCCCCCCUAGUACAUAUAUCCCCCUCAUGUGAUUUUUCUACCAUUUCUACCUUCAUGUUAUUGUCCUAAAGAAACAGUUUUGCAGUGGUUUCUUCCAUACGUUAAUGUUUAGAAGCUGCAUUUUUAUAGCCUGGUUGUCAGUCUGUUUGUGCUUUCUUGCCAACUCCUUAUCACUCAUUGUAAUGGCAGUCGUAUGUACUGCAUGACGGUGACAGAAAUAUAAUUGAUAAGAGCACAACCAGAUCUGGGAACCAGGCUAGCACUUUUAUAGUGUUGAUUUUAGGAUGAUGUUUUAUUUUUUAUGAAGCGAUGUUCAUUUGAAGAACUCAAUGACUUACUUACUCCAGAGCUGCUGCGUAAAUGUCCAUGAUGUGAUUUGCGUUUGUUUUAAGAAACUGAAGAGAAUAUAAGCUCUUUUCCAAUAUCCAUACUAGCAUACUACUUAUGGAACAAACCCGUGUAUUGGGGCCCUAGCAUUCUAAGUAGUAUGCUAGGAUGGACAUUGGAGCACACUCAAAGGCUCUGUUCCAAUAGCCACACUAGUGUACUGCUUAGUGAACGAUACCAGUGAAUUUGGCGUGCUUUCUAAGUAGUAUGCUAGUAUGAAUAUUGGGAGUGUAGCCUUUAAGUCCACUUGUGUGGAACAUGGGAAUGUGAUGAAGAUACACAAUGUAGAAAGACUAGUUAGUAUCUGUUUUUUCUUAUUGAGAUAAUGCCUGUGCUAGAGAAAGUAAAGUAAACGUGAAAUCGAAGCCUAGUCGAACUUAAAACUUCUUGAUAUUGAAGUAACGUAACGGUUGCGUCCCAGACUGCAUUGCAUCAACCAACGGUUGCGUGUCACGUCAGCGAGUGCGUAGUCGGGCAUCGCAUUGCUAUAUCAAUGAGUUGUUUGGCAGAUAUGGAACAGAAUUACACACCUAUCCAGGAGUUGUGACUUCUGGCAAGCUUCUGCAAUGUAGCCAUCCUGGAACGUGCCCAGUGGUUCUGUAGACUGGACAUUUGUUUGACUGGACAAGGCUAUACAUAAACUUGUGAAGUUCUUCAGAUUGAGCUAUUUGCUAUAUGAUAUCAGGGUUAGUUCAUCUCUGUGAUUUGGAUAGUGUUUAUACUAGCUGUUGCUUGUUGUUAGGAAAGGUCGAGGUGAAUUACGUUUCAAUUCACUUUAGUUCAUUCAAGAAGCGAAUUCAAAUUCCAUGUCAAGAAUUUAGAAAAUCUUUAAUUAAAAAAUAAAGGGCAGAUUUCAAUUUGAUUUUGAAUUUAAAAUCACUCCUUUGAAUUGAUUGAUUUGAAAUGGAAUUGGCCCGAAUCCUGAUUAGGAGACUAGUAAGUGGAACGUGAAGCUUGUAAAUUGCAGCGUGAGCAUAUUUCUGUGUUAUUACUAUUUAAUUGUUGUAUGAUCGUAUUCCUUGAUAUUACGGUGUAUCUUAAUGAUCUAUACACUCGUUCCUAAGUGUGUUUUUAUUCAAAUAGUUUCCGUCUCUGCUCCCCCACUCUUUCUGAACGAAUGUUGUUUACUAGAGUGGCUUUUGUCUCAACUACUUAGCUGAACUUAUCUAAAUAUUGUUUUAGAUAUAGAAGGAUUCCAAGUGAUUUUAUUCCAGAUAACAAAACAAACCUUUUUAGGGCAGAUACUCAAAUGACACCCUCUUCCCUUUGUAGUGCACUAUUUUAUUCUAUAUAGGGAAUAGGGUGUGAUUUGGGAUGCACUCCCACUGGAACCUGUGCCCUGUUCUGUUCGGCUCCCUUGUUGCCUUGGAAACGCAGCUCUAGAACCACUCCUCCUGUGAGGUUGAGGCGCUCUCCCUAUCUGCGUAUACUCUCCGCCUUUAGUAACUGAUCCUGGUGCAGUUGUUAUCUUACUUAUAAUGGAUAAGAUAAAGAUUUAGGUUGGAGGAACUGUUGUUAACCCUUUGAUAAAUAAGAACAGAACAUUCCAUCCUUUGUCAAUCGUUCUUAUUAAUUCUAGCCGUUGGCAUCAUGAAGGACCGUAGCAUUCCGGGAUAGGACAAUAGAACUGUCCAGAACUUCCACUCUACAUUUACAUUUACAUUUACACUCUACAAAGGGUUAAUAACUGUUAGUCAACAUUCUCCUCUCCUGUCAUCCAGAUGCAGGUGCUGCAGUACUGAUGGUGCUUCUCUCUAUGCCUUAUAACCUGCUGGCUCCCGCAAUACUAAACACACAGAACUAGAACCAAUAGAAUGGAAUGUUCAAUGAGUAGAAUUGAUUCUAUUCAUGCUUUUCUCAGUGUUCUACACAUGAAACAUUAGUGUGGGAACCACCAACCAAAUAUCAGUGGUUUGAGGGCCUGUGUCCAUUCUAUACGUUGUCUUUCUAUGGCUAAAAAAAACACCUCCUGUGACAGAGCUGUGCUCACACAAAAGAAACAAUGAAUGUUAAAGGAAUGUACUCUUUCUCUAAAUCAGUUGCGAUAGCGAUCGCUCGUAGCAAAUGUUCUUAAAACCCACCAAAGAAAUGUUGAAUUGCUGAUUUUAAGAUGGGACAAUAUUAGACGUUGGUGUUGUGCUUUGGGUUGAAUGUUUCACUCAUUGACUGGCACUAAACAGAGUAGAGGAAGACACCCCUUCAAUUUUUUUAAUAAGAUUGCACGUGUGGUAGUUUGGGGCACAAUAAAAAAUAAUGAAAACACAUAAGUGAAGACCUUUGAAUACGGACCAAUUGAAUGCUUACAAGUGUCGUCCUGUACGCUAGUAACAUCACAUAAAAAUCUAAAAAUAAAAAUGACAUAGUUAUUCCUUACAAAUAUUACCUUUUUUUAAACACGGUUUCAGACUGUUAGAACUAAGAAUCCCCCACCCCCUAUCCUAUCCAAUUUGAAGAGCACAGAGUUGUGUGAGUGAGAUUUGCCUGUGUGGUGAGUACCAUCUUCUAGCACUAUGGUUCGGAAUGGUAUUAAGGUGCCUCUUGGUUGCAGUAUGGAUAAUUUGCCUGAUUUUGAAAAUUAGAGGUGUUUCGAUGAUGUAAAAAAAACUACUAGUUCAUACAGUAGUCAGUGAACUAGGAGUUGCUGCAUGCCCAAUAGUUUGCAGUCUUAAGGCUUUGAGGUUGCCCUUUUGUUUAUAUGGUUUACGGUAACAGACAUAUCAGCAGUUGGAUCCCCUUAAAUCGUGGGUGCUGCUCUACUACACACAUGACGGUAACGGGCUAUAACAGAACUGUACAGAAAUGAAAAGCAUGUUUUCGGAUAUUUAGCUGUAGUCUUUGGAAGUUUUCCUCAUUGGGUUAUCAUUGGGAUGGCCUGGGUGCCAGUCUAUUUCUGCUCUCUUGCCAACUCCUUACGGCUUGAAAAUGACAGCAAUGGAGUUGUCAAGUAACAAGAGCACAAACAGAUUUGGGACUGGAGUGAAGUUGGAUCAGAAGUAGUGGUUGGUGAAUGUGAGGGUAUUUAUACACUGCCAGUAAAGUCUAGGAUAAGAACAUUAAGUAUUGCACUGUUAUGUCAAGAGAAACCAGGAAGUAACUAUUCAUGAGCCAAUUUACAUUUACAUUUAAGUCAUUUAGCAGACGCUCUUAUCCAGAGCGACUUGUUCCAAUCCAGCUCUAGUCACCGCUGGCUCUGUUCAGAAGUAGUGCACUAGUAUCUAGGGAAUAUGCUGUUAUUUCAGACACCUCAAUUUGGUUUUCUGUGCAGAUAUACUUCCCCUAAGAUACGUUAUGACAUCAAUGUCCCAUCCUUCUUAAUCCCGUUCUAGUGUGAUGUCAUCCAGUCCUUACACUAGUGUCACUCCAACCCCACUGAUCAGUUAGAACACAGGGCUCUUAUGACAUGACAAUGUACAUUAUGUAUUCAGAUAUGUAAACAGAAUGGCCUUCUGCAUGCAUGGAAUCCACGCCUGAUUCACUAGUGCCUGUCAAUUGACCCACACAAUUUUACAUGUAUGCAUAUACACAUACUUAUGCACGCAAACACACAGUUAACAAAGGGCCACUGGUAACUUGGACAACUUCUUAUAAUACUAAACAGACAUGUAAUGACAUAGAUUAUUCCUAUACUGCUGCAGUUCUAUACAUCUAUAUUUCACUGCUGUCUCGCUCACUGGCAAAUACAUUGUGGAACGACGACAUUCAUACGAUCAAUGAAACCCAAUAAAAUUUGAAAAGAAAGCCAAA